AUGACGGCGAAGGUGCCACGAAACUUCCGCCUCCUAGAGGAGCUGGAGAAGGGGGAGAAGGGCCAAGGCCCAGAGGCAUGCUCAUAUGGUUUGGCUGAUGGCGAGGAUAUUAUGAUGAGGAACUGGAACGGAACAAUCUUGGGACCUCCACAUAGCGUCCACGAGAACCGCAUCUACAGCGUGAACAUCCACUGCGGCGACGAUUAUCCUGACCGUCCUCCUAUGAUCCAAUUUGUUUCGAAAAUAAACCUGCCAUGCGUCGAUCCGCGUUCUGGAAAGGUUGACCCCACAAGGCUCCCCUGUCUGAUAGAAUGGAAGCGCGAAUUCACAAUGGAGACUAUCCUUCUCGAACUUCGAAGAUAUAUGGCGCUACCUCAGCAUAAGAAGAUCCCUCAACCGCCAGAAGGCGCAACAUUCUAA